AUUUAUUUAAUGAAAAGAAAAGGUUCAAGCACUAAUUCAAACAGGAAAUGAUACUUAAAUGGUUAAAGGCAGGUCUGAAGUUUUUUACUGUAAGUAUUUUACAUAAAAAGCAAUUCUUAUGUGUGUGGCCUUUUUUGUCAUGAGGACGAGCAGUAGUUACAGUUAACGGGUGUAGACACACACAUCAUCAGUCGGCUACAGCUGAUGUGAAGCUGUGUGUGUGUGUCACAGGUUCUGAUGACAUCACCUACAGUCAACUGGUAACCAUGGCAACGUUCUAGUUAACCACCCACGACUGAGUCAGUGAAUGGAAACUGUAACAGUGUUGUGUGUUGCUAACCUUGUUUUAGCUUAAACUUUAAUAUGGAUAAAAUGAAGCACAUUAAACACUGCGUAUGAAUAAAUGUGUGAUUCAUGAGCUGCUGUGAGUGAAUGGUGAAAACUGAGACCUGUCGUUAGCAGGACGUCUAGCGUCCUGAUGCUACAACACUCAGCUUUGGAAGUGAAAGGACUCACAUUCAGAAAAACAGCUACUGGAGGAACCGGACUGAGACCAGGACCAGGACCAGGAGCUCAAACUGUGACCCAGACGAACGCCCUGAGUUCCUCCUCUCGUCGUACGUGUGUUCUCUUCAUGCAGGUUCUUGGUAACAGCAGGAAGCUGUGGUUUCCACCACUUAUAACAGGAGGUGCCGCCAUCGACUGAGUCACAAGCCUGAAGUCAUGGCUCUCGCAGCCCUGUGUGCCGUCAUGGCCGCUCUGAGAGUGGUUCCCAACAGAUCCCAGUUCUUCCAGUACGAGUCGGUGUCUCUGGUCUGUGGGCAGUGGAGCGACGUGUCAGAGUGGAGGGUGUGGAGGAACACGUCCACCAGCGUGAAUGAAGCCUGUUUCUGGUCCCGGGACGGAGGCGAUGCCGCCACCUGCCUCAUCACUGACCCGUACCCGUCGGACUCUGGCGCAUACUGGUGCCAGUCCGGAGCACUGGUGCCAGUCCGGAGCACUGGUGCCAGUCCGGAGCACUGGUGCCAGUCCGGAGCAGGGCAGCGGAGCCGCUCAGUGAGCAUCAUCGUGACGGCUGGUGCCGUGAUCCUGGACCUGCCCGCCCUGCCGGUUCUGGAGGGGGAGGCUGUGACCCUGCACUGCUCCCACAGGACGGGCUCCUCCUCCACCAGCUCCUUCUACAAGGACGGCGUCCUGGUGGCGAGCGGCGCCGCGGGGACCCUGAGCCUCAGCGUCUCUCAGGCCGAUCGCGGCCUCUACAGCUGCAGCGUCUCUGGAGCAGGAGCGUCUCCGUCCAGUUGGCUGGAGGUCAGAGGAGCAGGACGUCCUGACCCGGCCGGCUCCACCCUCGCUCUCAUUCUGCUUCCUGUGGCGCUCAAGUGCUUCUCGCUGAUCGCCCUGAUGCUGAGCUGCCUCUGGAGGAAGCGCAGAGGUCUGACCCGGUUCCUACAGCUGCACUCACAAAACCAGCAUCACAUGUGUGAGUAGGUCAGGUAGGAAGCAGAGGUGAGCGGCAGCGUUGCCAUGGCAACAGUGGCCACGGUGCAGCCAUCACUCCAUCAAUCAGUGACACAUCAGCAGCAGCACAAACUGUGAGGCCGGCGUGCGUUUUUCCACGUCACACUCUCACCUCAUGUGCGGCUGAAGCUGAGUUCUUCAGGUGUUUGUGCCUCUGAUCAGUCUCUCCUCCUCUGUCUCCUCAGUGGACUCCCGGCGCCGGCCCGCCGGGCCUGUGAGGAGGACGCACACGUACACGUCUGGACCUGAGCCGAGCGUCAAACGCUGCAGGUGAUCAGGGUCCGUCACACUCAGGUGGGACAGGUUUCUAUACAGCAACAGUGAGAGCUGCCAGAAUGAGACGGUCAACGCUCGAUGAGCGCCCCCUGCUGGACGGAUGUGGUUAUGAACUUGAUUCAAUCCUUCAACUGAUGAAGGAGCAAAUCGGAUGAUGCUGAGGUUCCAGGUGUGUGAUUACAUCAUCCUGCAGUGAUGUCACCAGGUAAAGGUUAAAUCAUGUGGCACAACAGUAAAGCAGUGGUCCAAAGCUACUGGACGCACUGCUCAAAGGUGCUGCUGACUAAUGAACAUAACGACAUUAUAAUGAAGAAAGCUGCACGUUUCGUCAGUCAUGUUGUGUCUGGUUCAGUCUUACUUCCUGCUUUGAAUCGUGACUCACAGAAGAACAAAACAAAAUUCCAGAACAGGUUGGAGCAGUCGUCCACCUCUGAACUGAACAUGAAUUCACUCGUUCACUUCUUGUGUAGUUUCAUUUCUGAUUGAGAGUUAGGCCUUAUUGUGUUAUACUGUAUGUGUAUUUGUGUAGCCUGUAAUAUGUGUGUAACUGAACUAAACCACAAGUAAGAAAGUUAUUAAUGAGACACAGAACGUUUUAGAAACAUGAAGGUGUAAAUUAUGAGGAUUUAACAACACACAAUAAAAGCAUCUGUGGCACUAAAGCAUUAACAGUGAGUCACUAAUGCUGUAAAACCAAAAGAGAUGAUGAUGAUGAUGAUGAUGAUGAUGAUGAUGAUGAUGAUGAUGAUGAUGAUGAUGAUGAUGAUGAUGAUGAUGAUGAUGAUGAUGAUGAGGAACCCGCUGCAGACAUGAAUAAAUAAGAUUUGACCUCUGGUGGUUUGACUUCA